UGGAGCCCUCGAGGCUGAGCAAAGCUUCCUGUGUUUUCCAGCCGGCCGGAACAUGAACGGUUUCCUCCACAGGCGAGAGCCCAGCUAGCGCGUUUGCUGGAACAAGACGCCAGAAAGGUUUGCCUUCGAGCGUAGCGCCCGCUGCCGGAUACAAUAGGGGCAAGUGCGUCAGACACCGGGAGAGUGGAGACCAUCAGCAGAAAUAAAGUUAACAAUCAGGACCUCUGAUCAGCAGAUCUCAAAGAUGGGCUGGUAGCAUGAUCCCCAUGCAGCAGCUGGGGAAACUGAGGCACAGCAAGGCACAGGCCACACAGCAAGUGGAGAGCUGUUAGAGCACAGGUCUCCUGCCUCUAGCUCCGUGCUGUAGCCACUGAAUGACACUGCCUCACAGAUCAGCAGCCUUCUCCUCCAUCCUCCCAUAGCCUCUCCAGCCAACGUCCCCAGUGGCUCCCCCUGGCCCUCUCUUUGCUGUGUGCAUCACCUCCCCAGGCGUAUCUCCCGCUCCACAGCUUAUGCAGCCAGAUCCCGGCUCCCUGGGGCUAGCAGAAGAAGACCUCAUUGGAGAGGACGACGACAUGCCAUCCUUCAGAUACAGACCAGACGGCAGGACACGGACCAACUGCAGCCGGUGCCAGAAGAAUCUGUCGCUCCAGACCUCCGUCAAAGGGCUGUACGUCUUCUGUGUCUUGCUGAUCAUUGCCGUGAUGGUGCUGGCGUCCCUGGCAGGGGCCAGGGCUUUGGGAGCAGAAGGCUCUGGGUGCCGUCCCCGCUGCUGCUGUGAAGUUCGGAGUGUGGCCGUAGGCAGCCAGUGGCAAAGCCCAAGACUUGUGACAGUGUCUGCGUUCCCCCGACUGCUCCAGGAGCCAUUCGGAGUCUUUAAGAAAGUUAAUUCCAUAGCUGAUGACAUCAGCUCGGCCCAGACUUACUACGAGAAGAAGAUCGUGUCUGUCCAGGAGAACCUCCAGGAGCUCGAUCAGAAAUCCUUGGGGAACUGCUCCUUCUGCCAUGACACAGGGCAGCUGGGACAGGAGAUAAGCAAGUUGCAGGAAGAGCUGGAGGAGAUUCAGAAGAUGCUCUUGGUGCAGGAGAUCCUGCUGGACCGGACCUCGCAGGGGUACCAGCAGCUCUCAUCCACCAGCAGCAAGAUCACCAGUGAGAUGGACGGCUGCUCGUUCUCCAUCCGGCAGGUCAACCAGACCUUGGGGCAUUUCCUAGCCCAGGUGAGAGGCUGGCAGGCGGCCACCUCGGCCCUGGAUGACUCCCUGAAGGGGCUGCUGCAGGAGCGGUACGACGUCAAGGCAGUGGUGGAGCAGAUGAACUUCACGGUAGGGCAGACCUCGGAGUGGAUCCACGCCAUCCAGCGGAAGACGGACGAGGAGACGCUGACACUGCAGAAGAUGGUGACGGAGUGGCAGAACUACACCCGGCUCUUUGGAAGCCUGAGGGCCACCUCCUCCAAGACCAGCGAGCUGGUCAAGAGCAUCCAAGCCAGCAUGAGCCUGGCCUCGCAGAGGAUCAGCCAGAACUCGGAAGGCAUGCAUGACCUGGUGCUGCAGGUGAUGGGGCUCCAGCUGCAGCUGGAUAAUAUCUCCUCCUUCCUGGACGACCACGAGGAGAACAUGCACGACCUGCAGUACCACACCAGGUACACGCAGAACCGGACGGCGGAGCAGUUCGAGACCCUGGAGGGGCGCAUGACCUCGCACGAGAUCGAGAUCAGCACCAUCUUCACCAACAUCAACGCCACGGACAGCCACGUGCACAGCAUGCUCAAGUACCUGGAUGACGUGCGGCUCUCCUGCACCUUGGGCUUCCACGCCCACGCCGAGGAGCUGUAUUACCUGAACAAGUCCGUCAGCCUGAUGCUGGGCACCACGGACCUGCUGCGGGAGCGGUUCAGCCUGCUCAGCGCCCGGCUGGACUUCGACAUCCGGAACCUGUCCAUGAUCAUGGAGGAAAUGAAAGUGGUGGACGUGAGGCACGGGGAGAUCCUGCGCAACGUCACCAUCGUACGAGGUGUGCCUGGCCUCCCUGGACCCAGAGGACUCAAAGGCGACGUGGGAGUGAAGGGGCCCGCAGGAAGCAAGGGGGAGAAGGGAGAUGGCGGGGGCCUGGGUUCUCCCGGCCCGCCAGGCUCCAGAGGACCUCCAGGCAUCCCAGGCCCUCAAGGCGAGAGGGGACCUAUUGGCGUGAAAGGCGUACCGGGCUUUAAAGGCGCUAAGGGCAACUUUGGGCAAACUGGCCUCAAAGGACAGAUGGGCCUGAAAGGCGACACGGGCCCUCGGGGGCCGGAGGGAGCUCCGGGGCCGGUGGGGCCAGCAGGGCCGCAAGGGAAGCCAGGGAUCCCAGGGAAGCCAGGGUCGCCGGGCCAGCUUGGCCCCCCGGGUCCGAAGGGAGACCCCGGCGUGCGUGGGCCCCGAGGCUUACCGGGGCCACCGGGUGUCUAAGCCAGCCCCACCCGCAGCCCUGCCCUACGGGGGACGGGGAGGGGUGGUUUCUGCAGUGCUGAGGGGUGGCAGCUGGCCGGAGGCGCAUCCCAGGGCCCGUCACCAGCAUCCUCCUGGCCCUGCGGGAGAUUCAGCUGGCGAUCCCAGCAGGGAGCCCGACCCCCCGCAUCCCGCCCGGGACGUCCUGCCUGAGCAGAGCGGCUGGGAUCCCUGCUCACCUGCACAGCGCCCCCAGCAGGCAGCCCCCCUUGUUCAUUCACACGCCCUCAGAGACAGCUGAGGGCAGCACGGCCUCCCGGAUGGGAAACCAGCGCUGUCCACGUCCUGCCCUUCCCUUUCCAAGAGCCUGCUUGUACCUGUCUGACCCAGACACGCGGGGCUGUUUGAAAGGCAAAGAGCUAAAUCUCCGUGUGUCAAUGGGAGUGUGUGUGUGAAAGAGACUGUGCUAGGCCUUGCCAACAACGCCCUGGGCUUUGCCCUGCAGCUGGGGAGCUGGGCCCAAGCAGGCUUCCCACGUCUCUCGUUUGCUGGCAGAGCCUGGGUGUUUUGCUGCCUGGCACAGACCGACGUGCCUCCGGUCGCUUCAUUGCCUUGGUUUCCAUCAUCCGCUUCUUUCCCUGCCUCCUCUGCUCCAGCCCUCGCUCACUGCAAGUGGGUCUGGGCACCACACUCUCAUGCCACACCUGGUCGGGGCUGUCUCUGAGCCUCCUACAGUUCUGUAUUUGGACACGUUGAUUCUCCCUCCUGACCCACUUGGCAGCCAGUUGGGCUUGGUCCAGAUGGCCUGAGCUGUCGGUACCCGUUCAGCUCCUGGUGGGCACAAUCACCCACCAUCUCAGCUGGCACCCUCACUGGCCGCUUGCAAUAGAGGGGCCAAGGAUCGAACGGGCCCUGGAAUCCCUGCUCCCCCUGAAAAGGGCUCCCUCCAAGUCAAGAUGGAGGGAUUUGGGGAGCAGACACUGUACCCUAGGCAGCCAAGCCAGCAGGCUCCGAAUUCACAUUUAAAACCUCCAGCCCCUUUGCAUUGAGAGCCCCUGAGAAGGAUGCUGACAAACUGCAGUGGGGUCAGAGAGGAGCCAUGGCUGAUUAAAGGAUCAGAGAACAUGUGCUCUAGUGAUAGACGCAAGGAGCUCAAUCUAGUUAGCUUCACAGAGAGACGGCCAGGGGGUGACUUGAUCCCAGGCUGUAAGUAUUUAGUAAUGGGCAGAGGAAGGUCUAACACGACCCAACGGCUGGGGGUUGAAGCGAGACACAUUCAGACUGGAAAUAAGAUG